CCAUCAGCAAGCUAAGCACUAGUGCACGACACCUAGUAGCUGAACGCCACCUGAUAGAAAGGUUAUUUGAACAUUCAGCCAGGAAAGCAGCAGAAUCAACCAUGGUCAGUGCCAAGAGACUCGUUCAAAUGGCGAAGAAGUGGCAAAGAAUGGCGGCCCUCGCGAGGAAGCGGAUCACGUCGACGCCCGCAAAAGAAACCGAAGGGUCACCGUGCAGCACUUCGUCUGUGGCCGGCAAGGGCCGCUGCGUGGUGUACUCGGCCGACGGCAGGCGGUUCGAGGUCCCGCUGGCGUACCUUGACACGGCGAUCUUCGGCGAGCUCCUGAGCCUGUCGCAAGAGGAGUUCGGGUUCGCCGGCGAUGACGGCAGGAUCACGCUGCCUUGCGAUGCUGCUGUGAUGGAGUACGUCAUGUGCUUGCUUCGGAGGAAUGCAUCGGAGGAGGUCGAGGCGGCUUUCCUGAGCUCCAUAGCGAGGCCGUGCCACUAUGGAAGCGGCUUGGCGCAAUCCAUGGGAGUUAGCCAGCAGCUUGCUGUUCCUAGCUUCUGA